AUGGAGAAGAAGACACUGAGAUGUGUCCGGUGGGGUUAUGAGGUGAAUGCCUCUUCCGAUGAUUGCAUCGACGCAAUUGACUCCUAUUUUCUACAGGUUCUUAGCUAUGGGAGAAAUCGGAAAGUGAUUCUAGAAGCACCACGUUACGACAAAGACUGUGUUUUGGGGAACGUUUUAGCUGCUCAUUACCUUUCCUCAUCUGACCAUUCCAGAGCUAAUUCCUAUCUUGAAGCUGCUUCAUCCAAUCUCGAACAUUCUACACCAUACGAGAAGGCGGUUUUCGAGGCUGUUAGUUACUUGAUCUCCGAAGAUAGGGACGACGACUUGGCUUUUGAAGUGCACACUGAGCUGCUGAAGAGAUUCCCAAAAGAUUUGGUGUCUCUGAAGAGAGCACAGGUUUUAUGUUUCUACAUGGGUCAACCUGAUCCCUUUUUGAGUCUUGUUCUGCAGAUUCUACCUGUGAAUGAAGAAGAAAGUUACAUACACGGUAUGCUUGCGUUUCCAUUGUUAGAACUUGGUCGAAUGGAAGAAGCUGCAGCAGCUUCCAAGAAAGGCUAUGAGAUCAAUAAAGAAGACGCAUGGGCACAUCACUGUAUGUGUCAUGUUCUUCAACAUGAAUGCAGGUUUAAAGAAGCAGUGGAGUUCAUGGAAGGGUUCUCAGGAUCUUGGCCUUCUUGCUCAUCCUUCAUGUAUACACACAAUUGGUGGCAUGUUGCUCUUUGUUACUUGGAAGGAGGGUCACCAAUGAGUAAAGUAGAGGAGAUUUAUGAUCAUCACAUCUGGAAAGAAUUGGAGAAAGACGACGCCGUUCCUCCAGAAGUUUAUCUCAAUGCUCUGGGGUUGUUGUUGCGUUUGGAUGUAAGAGAUGCUCUUGAUGGUUUUGAAGACCGUCUCAAACUCCUUGCAGCUCGUUUGACUGAUCAGGCAAACUGGUAUUUGGAGUGGCAUCUCGAUAUAUUGAUAGUUUGGGCAUUAGCGAAAGUUGGAGAGACUUCAAAAGCUCAUGAGUUACUCGAGGGUCUGAAGUUCCGAAUAUCGAAGAUGACCAAGAAGAAGCAGCAAGUGAUGCAGAAAGGGAUUCAGCUCGGAGAAGCUGUGUAUGAAUACGCAAGGGGUAACUACAAACAGGCUUUAGAACUGCUCGGAUCAGAUUUCAACUCUAUUGGUUACAAGAUCAUCGGAGCAUCAGAUGAGCAGAUAGAUGUUUUCAACGAAAUGUGGUGCCAGCUGCUGCUAAACACAGGCCAAUCCUCCACUGCCAAAGAAGUGAUCAGAGAGAGGAUAAAGGUCAGAGAAGGUGUUCCUUUCAUGUGGCGUUUGCUGGAGAAGAGUUACGACAUGGAAGGCAAUGCAGAGGCUGAGAGUGCCGGAGAGAGAGCUAAGACGCUGGAAUCUUCUUACUUCUUCUGA